AAACGGGAAGCGUCGUUUUUAGGAGAAAGCGCGCACCCGCGUGGCGCGCGAGCACCCCGGUUCCGACAACCCCCGGCGGCGCACCUGGAGCCCCGUGUGGUCACGUGAACACACGCCGACCAAUGGAAGACAGCUCGCGAAGCACGCCAUCCCAGCGAGAACGCGCGGUCGCCAUCUUGAUCUCCGAGAGAGGCCGAAGGGCUCUGGUUUUCCGGACACCGGCGUCGAGCGCCCGUACUCAGUGCCCCCACCGAGUUUCCUGCUGACCCCACUUUCGUCCGUUCCCGUCAGUAUGGAAAACAACAACAACAACACUCAGCAGGCUGUUCUCGACGCGACUGUGCAGCUGGAGACGAGCGUGCAGGGACCGUUCGAUCCAGCCGCUCACCAACUGGACCCCACUUUCCGACUGACGCGCUUCGCCGACCUCAAAGGAUGAGGGUGUAAAGUCCCCCAGGAAGCGCAAACUAAACUCCUGGAGGGACUCUUGAACGAAGGCAACGGGGGACAUUCCACCGGUCAAUGUCAGUAUUUGCAGUUGGGGCUGGCACGAUCGGGGCUUGGAUUAGAUUGCAGCGUCACUCCGCUCAGGCACAAUGGGUUGUCGCUGGUACAGACGGUAGACUACCUGUAUCCACUUGUUGAAGACCCCUACGUUAUGGGCAAGAUAGCCUGCGCCAGCGUGCUGAGCGGCCUGUACGCCCAUGGAGUGACAGACUGCGACAACAUUCUGCUGGUGCUGGCGGUGAGCAGCAAGCUGAGCGACAAGGAGCGGGACAUUGUCGUGCCGCUCCUGGUCAAGGGGUUCAGGGACGCGGCUGUGCUGGCGGGCACAAGGGUCACGGGGGGACAGACUGCCCUCAACCCGUGGCUCAUCGUCGGCGGAUGCGCCACGAGUUGCUGCCACGCUCUGGAGUUCGUGCCGGCGGACUGUGCGGUGGUGGGGGACGUGCUGGUGCUGACGAAGCCGCUGGGAAGCCAGGUGGCGGUGAGCGCCCAGCAGUGGCUGGAGCAGCCCGAGCGCUGGAACCGGGUGCGCCUGGUCGUGGGAGAAGAGGACGUGCGCAGGGCCUGCCACCGUGCCAGGGACUCCAUGGCCCGCCUCAACCGCACCGCGGCAGUCCUGAUGCACAAGUACAACGCCCACGGGGCCACGGACGUGCGUGGCGGGGGCCUCCUGGGGCACGCGCAGCUGCUCGCCAGGGUCCAGAAGAACGAGGUGUCCUUCGUCAUCCACAACCUGCCGGUCCUCUCCAAGAUGGCCGCCGUGGCCAAGGCCUGCGGCUCCACCUUCCAGCUCCUGCAGGGCUUCUGUCCCGAGACCUCGGGGGGCCUGCUGAUCUGCUUGCCCCGAGAGCAAGCAGCUGCAUACUGCAAGGACAUUGAGAAGCAGGAGGGCUACCAGGCCUGGAUCAUCGGCAUCGUUGAAAAGGGCUGCCGCACCGCACGCAUCAUUGACAAACCACGGGUCAUUGAGGUGCCGUCCAAGGACAAGGACGGAGAGCUUUGGUAGCCGCACGACCGGAAUGGAUCUUUUUCUAACGACCGACCACACUCGUGGCAUCCUGAGGACGUCCUUGGGACGUUGCGGCUGGCAGACAUGUGGACAAUCUAUGACUUCUUGGAGGCACGUGGCUGGCUGGCCUCUUUUUUGUGUGUGUGUGGUGUCAAUUGGAAACCACUGCAACGAGACUCUUGGAUAUCUCGUCGUCUGCUGAGCGCGACUUGCACUGGUCAAUAAUUUGUCUCCUGAAGUCAAAGUGUCAUACUCGAUGCCUGACGGCGUCCUAUGGAUGAGGCUGGUUAGAAUCGUCCGUGGAUUGCCGUCCGCUGCUCGGCGACCCAUUGACAGCUUUCUUUUUUUUUUUUAUGUUUGUUUGUGCGUGUGUUUGCAUGUCCUUGUGAGUGAGUCUGCAUAGGAAUGAAUGCCUCUUCAAGUACGCACCAUAAGAGUGAACUUUCUUUUCUGCACUUGUGUUGUCUGGGUGCAAAAGAACUGGACAAGAAGGGUCUGGCUGCUCCUUUGUUAUUUUUACAUACUUUUCAACGUGCUGUUCCGUGAAGUACAUUUCUUUGCAGUAAAAGAACCUAAGGGAACUUUUUUGUUUGUUUCUUGUAGACUGCCAUUUGCAAUAUGUAUUGGUUGAGGUGAAUGUGUUGCGAUCAUGAACACUUAACAUAGAAGGAAUAAAAACACGAAAGACUUUCACAGACAACCCUAAGAGCACAGCUGUCUGUGAAAGUCCUUUGUGUUUUUAUUAUUUUUAUUUUAAGUACUGUAUAAUAUGUCUUCUGCAAAAGCUGCACGUCAUUGUGGUGCGAAACUGCUUCGACUACAAGAAGUUUCAUUCCAUAGGGCAUUCUGAGUGCAUGGCGAGCUUAAUAUAAAUCAUGAGUUGGAAAUUCAACGGAGGCACACAACUUCACGGGCUCAAAGAAGACUGCCGCAGAGAAAUAAAAAACAUGAUACUA